UCAAGAUUACGGUGGCCCAAUGUAAGACUUACAUGCUGCGAAUCAUCAAUGCUGCACUCAAUAAUGAACUCUUCUUCAAAAUCGCUGGCCACAAUCUGACGGUCGUGGCCAUUGAUGCAACCUACACUGAGCCAUACAUCACCGACGUUGUUGUCGUGGCCCCUGGCCGGACCACCGAUGUCCUGCUCUUAGCAAAUGGCCCACCUGGGUCCUACUACAUAGCGGCCAGCCCUUAUGCGAGCGCUCCCAUACAGUUCGAUAACACGACUACCACCGCCAUCCUCCACUACAACAGCUCCACGUCAGUAGCAGCGCCUCUGAUGCUGGUCCUACCUGCAUUCAACGACACUCCAACGGCACACCGGUUCUACAGCAGCCUCACCGCCUUGCGUAGUUGGAGCCCCAAAGUGCCUCUCGACGUGGACGAGCACAUGAAAUCCGCGUCCGCUCGCAGCGAGCAUGAACAACGCGUCUUUUCGGCUGCCCAACACGCUAUCGAUGCUGCAGGCGCACUUUAG